AUGCAAGGCGAUGACGGUGUCGCCGGGCUGCUCGAGGUGUUAGCACGCGUGAUCAAGGCGUGGUGGGCGUGGGAGGACAUACAAGGAGUGCGAGUACGCGCCUGGCGAGCGUACCGCGCGGGAGCUGGUCGGGGUGCGGAGAGUCAGGCGCAGAGAACAACGGCAGCGCGCACACGAACACGGACGGGGCAGGCUGAGCACGAGUGGGCAGGACGAGGGACAAUGCAGCAAUGCUCGGGAGCGAGGGCUGCUGGGGGAGCUGAGGAAGUUGGCGGAAAGCAGAAGAGCAGAGGCGCACAGGAAGACUACGCCCAAGCCACAGAGAGCGUGCUUCCAAGCUUGCAGGAUCCGUCACGGCAAAUUGCGAGGCUCGCAGCAGCUCGCCCGGCGCGCCGUCUUCGCUCCUCGUCCGCCUUUGCUGUCGUUGAGCGCGCCUUCAUUACCACCGCGCCUGCCCAGGCCGUGCUGGGUGAAACAUGA